CUUCUGUCGCGAAGACAUCAUACGCGGUAAAUCAAGCCUACUCAAAUCUUGAAAUACCAUCAAGCAUCUUCAGACCUGCUCUCAGAACACCUCAACUGAGGGUAUGUCAUUGUUAUCACCUCAGUUUGUUUUAUUGUGAGAGCUCCUUUUAUAUGGACAAUCAGCAGGUAAAGUUCAUUAUUAUCUUGCGAUUUACCCCGGCAAUUUUUCGACUGUCAAGCUUAAAGUGAUGCUGUCUCAUACCCUUACGUGUCCAGUGUCCAAGCGAACAAAUAGACUUGAGUCUCUUUCUAACCAACCUUGGUGGUGAACCCAGUGUGCUCAAACCAAACACGACUUGAACCUCUGCUAGUGCACAAAAUCUCUGUUCGGUAUUCUGACGACCUUCACGCGUUAUCAUGUCGACUCUCCAUUCUCUCUUCACGAAUGAUAAACAGCAACACCACCGACCUUUGCAUUCCAGCGGACUGUCAUUUUUUCCUGCCUCUGAACGUCUCACGAGCCCAAUCAGCACUCCGAUCACUUCUGCGCUCCAGGAUUCCAUUGCUUGUCAGCCGAUGCAUUCUGAAUGGUCCCCGGGCUCCGUGGGAUUCGGGGGUCAACUUAUCAAGUGAUCCAAUUGACGCUACUGAAUACCAAAGCAUCGAAGAACGUGAGAUCAAAGCGAGGCGGCGGGGGCGGCUUCGCUCUGCCGUUGUGGCACUCGAAUUUCUGUUUGGUUUGUGGGGCAUGUACACGACAACCCGUUACUUCCUCGCCUUCGCCACUGCUUCUGAUCACACCCAACGGAUUUUCGCUCUUGCGCUUGGAAUCACAUCUGCGGUAGCCAUUGCCACAAAUAUUCUCUCCAUUACAUCACCACUAUUUCAUGAUCACCUUCACGUGCGAUCAUGGAGCCGCAUGCGGUUUCUCUUCAGAGCGUGUUACCUCCUACUUUUACUCUCCGCCUCUACGACCAACCUCAUUCUUGUGGCAGCAUGGCACCCGAAUAAUCGUUGCAAAUGGGAUAUCGAUCUUUCAUGGUACAUCUCGACCGUGAAUACACCGUCUACACGUUGCCACCCCACCUCAUUUAUGGUGUGGAUUAUCGCCGCAGCCCUCAGGCAGCUUGUGACCUCUAUUAUAACCGUAUUAUUUAUCUACGUCGCCCAUGCGUUCCACCUCACCAGCAGCCAGUUCCACACGCCUACCCAAAGAAACCGUCGACCCUACCGGCCGGCCUUUUCCUUCACGGACCCCGAGGACACCUCACCCACAGAUACAACACCCUGCUCAUCAUCGACGUUGUCGACGUUUAAGCAUGUAUUUACGUCUCCCUUCAUCCGUCCGAGCCAGAAGCAGCUCGGAAGGUCAAACUCGACGCUUGCGCGAUCAAACUCUAGCGGCACAAUCGUCCCUUUCACUGCUGGCAUGCCUGCCAGCCCAUCCAAGGGCAAAUUGUUGAAUAAUAAUGCAAUGCCACCUUCAUGGCUAGCAAAUAGUGGUGUCAGCCUCAGUGCUAAUGCGAAGACGAGCAUCUCCCGCUAUCCUUCCUGGGCGAGCGCAGAAGACAACAUGAAUUUCAAAAUGGAAGCCGCGGACCAGCAAGUCCCUGAGGAAGGAACGCCUACGAGAUCCCGGAUCCUUCGUCAUACGAGUCACCCGUGGGCCUCGCAAAAUGGACUCGCCGUUCCUGCAGAGAGAAUGACCCUGGAGGGAAUUUCUGACCAGACACAUUUUGGCAGCACGGCUAUGAGAGAAGUUGCAAACACCGACGCAGGCCACGGGUACGACAGCGAUGCAGACAAGGAAAGCGAUCGAUCGACGACGGAGUCCGAGAUUCUCUCGCACAUAUACGGUCAGAGCUAUCAUUACCCUCCGACCAUACUACACGACCCAUCUUCCUCACCGAGUGAUGGGAAUACUCACGACGGGGGGAGUAACAGCCCAAAAUCAGACUCCACCGCUGGCGAGGACGAUGAAUAUAUUCCCAUCAUGGGUGGGUACGUCAGGCGCAUGUCGACCAUUGAAAGCCUGGGGUCGAGGGAGGUGUCGAUGCUUGCAGGUACGACAUCCUUUUCUACGCGGGGAUCGAUGUCUACGGCUGGGUCCAUAUGUCCGUCCAUGAUGUUGGGGACGGUAUCCUCGUCAUCUUCGAUGGGCGCUGUUCAAGUCGGGACACGCCAAUCCCCGUCCGCAUUCCACUUGUCGUCGCUACAACUCGGACAGCCAUCACCUUCUCAUGCCGGCCUAUCGCUGUCGGUCCCUCCUAGCCUUGCACCAAGUGGGAGCGGCACCGGGACGUCUCGAAGCACCGUUUAUUUGUCGGUGUCCAGCGGUAGCAUCGACGGCAGUGCCGGGAUCGAGACAACCGCAGUUGGUUGGGGGAACGAAGAUGCGCGUGAGCGAGCGUGGCGAGCUCCUAGUUCCUGAGCGCCCACCGGCUUCCGGAGCAUCCAGCCCGAUUUCAUGCGGCCACCAUUAUUGGUCUGCAAGCAGCGGUCAAAGCGCAAUGAGCAAGCAGAGUUCGUCGUCAAUGAUGGCAGAGUAUUAAACCUCGCAAUUUUUUCUGUUGCAGUAACCAACAUUUACAUGAUAUGCGGCUGCGGAGUAGUGGGAGAAAACAAGGAGAACAAGACACUGGAACCGAUUGCGGUGGUUCCGCGGUACCCAGGAUGCCGCUCCCCUGACUGGACGGGUCCUGCCGACCUAACCCACACUCUAGUGA